GAGGGGGGCUCAUACUCACAGACAGGAGAAAGAGAGAGAAAAAAAAAGAGAGAGAGAGAGAGAGAGAGAGAGAGAGAGAGAGACGCUCCAAUGAGUAAAGUUUCCUAGUAGUUCCUCCGCACCAGUCCACAGCUGAGGGCUCAUUGAUUACUACUCAGACAUCCUCCUCGGACUCCUCGCCUCAACUCGGCUCCUCUUCAUCAUCCUCUCUGCUCAAGUUGAAACGCCACCAGGACUUCCACUGCAGCUUCAGACGCUCACACGGGAAAUAUCACCAGUCGACGAGGAAGAGCUUGAUGCUUUGUGCAGCAGCAGCAGCAGCAGCUGAAGAUCCCACCGCCAACAUGAGUCUGAAAGCUGACGCAGAGCCGAGCAACAACGUCUCCAUCGAGGAGGAGGUACGAACACUGUUUGUCAGCGGCCUACCAGUCGAUAUCAAACCACGGGAACUUUACCUUCUCUUCAGACCUUUCAAGGGUUAUGAAGGGUCACUGAUUAAGUUAACAUCAAAACAGUGUGUUUCUUCCCUUUUUGCCUUCCAGCCUGUCGGGUUUGUAACCUUUGACAGUCGUACUGGAGCCGAAGCUGCAAAAAAUUCUCUAAAUGGCAUCCGUUUUGACCCCGAAAGUCCCCAGACCCUGCGCUUAGAGUUUGCUAAAGCCAACACGAAGAUGGCAAAGAGUAAGCUGAUGGCCACACCGAACCCCACAAAUAUCCACCCUGCUCUAGGAGCACACUUCAUUGCACGGGACCCAUCUUUUUGUUUCCUCCUGCCCUGCACUUCCCCAGAUGAUCUGACAGGAGCAGCACUGAUCCCAGCAUCUCCGGAUGCCUGGACUCCUUACCCCUUGUACACCACGGAGCUGACCCCAGGCCUCCCUCACGCAGCCUUCACUUACCCGGCGGCCGCUGCCGCUGCUGCAGCCCUCCACGCCCAGGUGAGGGACCAACCGAUGCGCUGGUACCCUACUCCCUCUGAGACUUCCCAGCCUGGAUGGAAGUCCCGGCAAUUUUGUUAGAUAUUUAGCCUCUGGAAACCACACCUUUGUCCAGCUGAAGUGAGGUUUGCCAAGCUCUUCAUUAAUUUAAUCAGGUUUAUUUAAUGGACAAAUGUGCAUUACUAUAAACAAACAGUAUUUAUAUCUCCUCCCGAUUGUCUCUGGGGGGAGUCUGAGUUGAAACCAUCUUGCUGUCGACAAUCUGAGCUUAUCCUUGGCAACUAUUGCGGUACCAUCUUGGCACUUCAACAAAAAAAAAAAAAAAAAAAAAGAAAACUCAAGCAAAGCCUAGUCAAAACUCUGUGGAUCAUAAUUGCUGAGGAAAUUUGAAGUUAUCGUUGUUAAGCUAGUCCUUCCUCGGAUCACCGCUGUUCCUGGGAGGUUUAGAAGCAUUAAGAGUCAUUGCAUGUUAGUCUUUUUGGCAUGAAUUUAGAACGCAGACUUCUGUGUAUCCUAAUUUUCUUAGUGUUUGUGUUACCUCUUUACCUUUUGGCCUAGACAGCGAAAUGUUUUGUUUUCCUGUAGAUCCUUGGUCUUACCUCUGUGAAAGCUGGGCUGUUGUGUAAAUGGCUUAUCUCGCAUGGACCUUGUGAAUGCAUCCCUACGUUCUAUGACAACCCCAGUCCUUAUGAUCAUAUCAAUGUCUGUCAUUAUUUGAGCAGAGGAAAGUACAAAUAUUCUUGUACUUUUUUGCGUAAUGUAUAUUUAUGCAUUUUUGUGCAACUAAAAUAAUGAACCUGUAUAAGUUGGAUGUUUAGUCGUCUCUUGUGUUUUUGGUGUUACUUUUUGAUCCUAUAAUCCUGUUGACGUAGUUUUAAAGAAGAAAAAAGUGCAAUUUGUUUAAAGGGGGAAAUGGGUAUCUGUCGAAAUAAAUGGAAGUAUUCUGAACGUGGCUUGUGCCAUUCUGCUAAAAUGAGAUUGCUGUAAAACGAUCUUUCAGAAUGUGAAACUGGACUACAAACGAAAAGGGUUGUUUUUUUUCUGGGGGGCCAUUUUGAAAUGGGAAGCAGGAUUAGAGCAAUGGAGGAAUUUAGUUUGUGGUUUAGAAACAUGUUUGUCUUUGUAUCUGCUGUGCAUAAGAUGUAAAAAAUAUUCCCAUCUUAUGAAUAAUAAAAGAAGUGAAUGCA